GCGGCCGGACACCCUCGCCCCGCUGGGCCUGCCUCAGCCAUGGCCGCCGGCCCCGCGUCCCACGGCGGGCUCCCCCGCGCGCAGAGGCCGCAUCUGAGCAAGCACACUGAUCCGGCGCAUCCCGGGCUGUUCCGGGGCAUCUGGGUAUGGGGGUGGGGGAGGAGGCCACCGCAGGCCCUCAACCUCCUUUGCCCAGAUGGAGCGGAUGGUCGUGAGUAUGCAGGACCCCGACCAGGGCGUGAAGAUGCGGAGCCAGCGCCUGCUCAUCACCGUCAUUCCUCACGCGGUGACUGGCAACGACGUCAUGGAGUGGUUGAUCCACAAGUACUGCAUCACAGAGGAGGAGGCCCUGCACCUGGGCACCCUCCUAGUGCGGCAUGGCUACCUAUACCCACUGCGAGACCCCUGCCACCUCGAGCUCCGGCUGGAUGAAACGCCCUAUAGGUUUCAGACGCCCUAUUUCUGGAUGAGCACCCUGUGGCCAGCCGCUGAGCUGGACUAUGCCAUCUACCUGGCCAAGAAGAACAUCCGAAAGCGGGGGGGCCUGUUUGACCACGAAAAGGAGCACUAUGACCAGCUGCACAGGAAGAUCAGCCACACGUGGGACCUGGUAGUGAUGCAGGCGAGAGAGCAGCUGUGGGCAGCUAAGCAGCGCAGGAAGGGGGACAGGCUGGUCAUCGCAUGCCAGGAGCAGACGUACUGGCUGGUGAACAGGCCCCCGUCCGGGGUCCCCAGCGUGCUGGAGCAAGGUCCAGAGCGGAAUUCCUGCACUGCUGGGCGAGUGCAGAUGCCCACUGGCCCCUUCCAGACCAAGACCGUGGAUUUCUACAGGCGGGAGGUCGAGUGCUUACGAAAGGCACUGGGCAGGGCCCGGGUGAAGUCCUCCGUCUGCCUCGAGGCGUACCUGAAAUUUAGCAGCCAGCGUGGGCCGCACGACCCCAUCAUGUCGGGGUGCCUGCCCAGCAACCCCUGGGUCACAGACAACGAUACCUACUGGGCCAUGAAUGCACCCAGCGCGGCCGUGCCCACAAGGCUCCGUGUGGAGCAGUGGGCCUUCAGCUUCCGGGAACUCUUGGAAGACCCUGUGGGACGGGCCCAUUUCAUGGACUUUCUCAGUAAAGAGUUCAGUGGUGAGAAGCCCCUGCCCCUGCUCCCUGCUCGAGCCCCCCCCCACCCCAGGUUUCCACCAGCAUGGGGUGGGCCUGACCCCGUGCCCGGACCCCCAGCUGAGAACCUCAGCUUCUGGGAGGCCUGUGAGGAGCUGCGCCACGGAGGGCAGGCCCAGGUCCCCGCCCUGGUGGACGCCGUGUACCAGCAGUUCCUGGCCCCCGGUGCUGCCCGCUGGGUCAACAUUGACAGCCGGACGAUGGAGCGGACGCUGGUGGGCCUGGGCCGGCCGCACCGCCAUGUGCUGGACGAUGCCCAGCUGCAUAUCUACAUGCUGAUGAAGAAGGACUCCUACCCGAGGUUCCUGAAGUCGGAUUUGUACAAAGACCUGCUGGCGGAGGCUGUGGUGCCCCCGGAGACCAAGCGACGGGUGUUCCCGUUCAUGCGGAAGCCGCGCCAUUCCAGCCCCAGCCCUGCUCUCCUUCCUGCCUCUGCCUCCAGGGAGCCCUCGGGUGGUGACGGGGAGGCCUAGGUGGGCCUGGGCAGGGGCAGAAUGGGGCCAUCUUGCCCUCAUCAACUCCUCUUGCCCAGGGUCCUUGCAGCCACUGAGACUCCCUGGCGCGGGAGUCCCCUCAGACCCCGAGCGCCCGGCCUUACGGGGGCACCGACCUCUGUGGCUUCCACCUUUCCCCUUGUCACACCCUCCCCCAGAAGGGGCUGUUCGGGUGCUGAUUCCCAGGGCAGGGGUGCCCUGGACUGAGACAAGAUGGCAGCACACCUGGCAUUCCACGCCGGUUCCCACCCCACUGGUGACUCCCCGGGCAAGAUUCAUAGUCAGGUGGCUGCCAGCAGGGCGCGUGGGCAUGCAGGGGGAGGUGCUGCUCCCACUGGGCCGUGGCCUCUCCGCCUCCGUGGCCACCCGAGGCCCAUGGCUUCUCCCCGGUGUUGUACAGAGAUGGCUCCAGCAUCGUUGCUCCUCCAACAGCCAGCCCUGGUUCACAGCCAGGGCGGCAGAGCCUCUGGGGAAAGACACCAGGGAGUCCCCACUCCGAGGGCCCCCCAAGACUCAGCUGCUCCUUUGGGAGUACAGCCAGACUGGCUCAGCUGGGGCAGCGCCACCCCUCCCUCAGGGCUGCCCACACCCUCCCGCUCCCAGCGCAGAAAUAAAAGACCUUUGGGUCCUCA